AUGGGCUCCAUUUUCCUUCCUAAUUUGCGUACCGGCUGGCACGUUGACCAGGCAAUUCUCCUGGAAGACGACCGGUUGGUCAUUAUAAGAUUCGGGCGUGCAUCCAAUAGAGAAUGUAUGCUUAUGGAUGAAUACCUCUUCCAAAUAGCAGAGAAGGUGAAGAACUUUGCUGCCAUCUACUUGUGUGAUAUUGAUGAUGUGCCUGAUUUCAACCAGAUGUAUGAGCUCUACGACCCGUGUACGGUGAUGUUCUUCUAUCGGAAUAAACAUAUGAUGUGUGACUUUGGUACUGGGAAUAACAAUAAGUUGAACUUCCCUAUCCAUGAUAAACAAGAACUAAUAGAUAUCAUAGAAACUAUCUACAGAGGUGCAAUAAAGGGUAAGGGGUUGGUGAUUAGUCCCGUAGACUACAGUUCUGUGAGACGACAAUAA